UGUAGUUUAGUGUUGUCAGAUUAGCUUCCGGGUGGAAAUAUUGUCCAUGAAGUAAAUUCAUCUGCUGCAAAUCCUUUUGGACGAACUUUUGCCACACUGAACUUUUUACAAUGUCCAGAGGCUCCAGCGCAGGGUUUGAUCGACACAUUACCAUCUUCUCCCCCGAAGGAAGACUCUAUCAAGUUGAAUAUGCUUUCAAGGCCAUAAACCAGGGAGGACUCACGUCAGUAGCGGUCCGGGGGAAGGAUUGUGCAGUCGUCGUAACACAGAAAAAAGUACCGGACAAGCUUUUGGAUGCCUCUACAGUCACUCAUCUUUUCAGAAUAACAGAUAAUAUUGGAUGUGUAAUGUCUGGAAUGACAGCCGACAGCCGUUCUCAAGUGCAGCGAGCUCGGUAUGAAGCAGCUAAUUGGCAGUACAAGUACGGCUAUGAGAUCCCUGUGGACAUGCUGUGCAAGAGAAUCGCUGACAUCUCCCAAGUUUACACGCAGAACGCUGAGAUGAGGCCACUGGGCUGUUGUAUGAUCGUGAUCGGCAUAGACGAGGAGUUUGGUCCGCAGGUGUACAAGUGUGACCCAGCAGGAUACUACUGCGGUUUCAAGGCCACGGCGGCUGGAGUGAAGCAAACGGAAGCGACGAGUUUUCUGGAAAAGAAAGUCAAAAAGAAACUCGACUGGACUUUUGAACAAACUGUGGAGACGGCCAUUUCUUGUCUGUCGACUGUUCUUUCUAUUGACUUCAAGCCCUCUGAGCUGGAAGUGGGAGUUGUCACUACACAGGAUCCAAAAUUCAGGAUUCUGGCAGAGGCUGAAGUGGACACCCACCUCAUGUCCCUGGCAGAGCGGGACUGAGCACAAGAACGUUGGACUAAAACUAGAGCAUGAUGGGACAUCCCGAGGUGGAGACCUGCGUUAUCUUUGUUUUGCUGUACAUUUAUCCCACUGUUUCAUUCAAAAAAAUAAAAAGUGUUUUGGAGUAAAAUACAA